AUGGCAUUUAACGAUGCGAGGUUCAACCAAGACGGAACAUGUAUAUGUGUAGCGAACGACAGAGGAUUUAAAAUUCUAAACUCGAAUCCUAUGGUAUUGACCUGUGAUCGAGACUUGAGAUAUAAGAAUGUUGGAGCUGUCGGGACUGCGGAAAUGCUGUACAGGUCGAACCUGCUGGCCCUUGUUGGCAACUCAGAGUACUACGACAUACGGAAGAUCAACAGCAGCUCGCUGAAAAGCAAGUUCAUUAAGCCGUGGAAACAGAACAUAUUGACCAUUUGGGACGAUAAAAAGUUCGUCGAAGUGGCUCAACUCGUGUUUACGGACUCGAUUAUAAAUGUAAAGUUUCUGUACGACUUGAUUGCGGUGUCGCUGAAUUACAAGGUGUACGUUUACCAAAUGAGUGACGUGAGUCUCUUGCACUGUUCAAACACGAUAAAUAACCCGUACGGAGUAAUCUCGGUUUCGACGUACAGGGGACUUAACUUUAUCGCAUACCCAGGAAAGUUGAAGGGGAGUAUAAUGAUUCAAAUAUACACGAAGAAUCGCAUAUCAAAUAGUUCUGAAACUUCUUUUUAUAGUGAAGAUUAUAAGGAUUCUGAUGCUCCGGACGACGUAUUUGAAUUUGAUGAAAUGAUAGACGCUGGAGAAAAAAUUGGAAAAUACACGAAAUUAAGCAUGAAACUUCAAGUGCACGUCAGUGAGGUGACGAGCAUUGACUUUAGCCCUAAUGGAUUGCUUGUAGUGACGAGCUCCAUCCAGGGCAGAUACAUAAAAAUGUUUGACACACUAUCUGGAGAACUUAUUCAAGUUUUCAGAAAGACGAACAAUUUUGGAAGAGUGACAAAGUGCAUAAUUGACAAAGAGAUGAAAUGGCUCUGUGUGAUUAGCGAGAAGCCUAAAAUGUAUAUGUACCAAAUAGAUCAGGCUGCGAUAAAAGAUUGCGACUUUGACAACGAAAAUAGGAAAGUGAAUUUUAAAAAUUCAUGCAUAUUUGAUAUUAACAACGAAGAUAAGGACAUUGGCAAGUACUUUAAGCACUAUAGGAGCGCCAUAGCUUACCCAUCCACCAGAUGCGGCGACUAUAAUAUAUUUAAAACUUUGGUUAACAAGACGAAACUGUACAUUCACUCUACGGGUGUUUUUGCUCACUUCAAGCCACGAAACAAGGAUAGGAUAAUCGACUGUGCGCUAAUGCUUGACAAGGAAACCAUUGUAAUCAUAUUACAAACUGGGAGAGCCAUGAAGCUCUUCUUUAACCCUGCAAAGUACGCAGGUAUUAAGUUGGUCUAUUAUCACCAUCUUUAA